AUUUCUUAAAACAGCCAAAAUCGAAAUCCGGAAAUUUCAUUAAAAACGAAUAAAACAUAAAACCUUCGUCAAGUAAGUGACGUGGUCUUCAAUAAUGGCAAUGGAGCUCCUAUACUCCCCAACAACUGAAGAGGCCCAAACCUACAAAGCUAUCAUGUACGAAAACGGUACAAAAUAAAAAAUAUAUUUCUGUUAACUAUCUACUAAUGGAAGAAAAGCUGAAUUUUUUGAAACUACAAAAAGAAAAAUUCAUCGAAGAACACAAUAUAAAAAUGGAAAUAUAUCAAAAAAAAGAACACCGACGUAAUCGCCUUGAAUGGUGCAGACAACGGUCACUCUGGGAUGAGGAAUGGAACAGUAUUGUCUUUAGUGACGAGUCUCGAUUUUGUUUAGGCAUGCACGAUGGUCGUGCCAGGGUUAGAAGGCGACGUGGUGAAAGGAGGAAUCCACAGUUUUUUGUUGCAAGACAUGUUCAUCACACUGUUGGAGUUAUGGUUUGGGGUGCUAUAGCUCAUGGUUCCAAGUCACCUUUAAUCUUCAUCAGAGUUCUAGAACCCCAUCUUUUACCCUAUCUUGACACCCUGGCAGAUCCAACUUUCCAACAAGAUAAUGCCCGACCACAUGUUGCAAGACACGUGUGGGAUAUGAUGGGUAGGAGAUUGGUCAAUUUGCAACGUCCUCCUCAGACUCUAGAAGCACUUCGAGAGGAGUUGGUCGUUGCCUGGAAUGAGAUACCACAGGAGGACAUUGACCACCUGAUCAGAAGCAUGCCUAGGCGCGUUGGAGAAUGCGUAGCACAUCAGGGUGCAUCCACACAUUAUUAA